AUGACGCGGCAGCAGCACUGCCCCGACUGCUCCCGGGCCCUCGCCCGCAUCAACGCCGUGCUCCCCGCCCUCGCCGCCGCCUCGGCCGCGCUGCUGCUGCUCUCCGGCAUCGCGCUGGCCACGGGCGCCGCGCCGCUCGCGAGCCUGCGCGUGGCGGGCGGCGUCGUGGCGGCAGCGCUGGCGGCGUUUGCCCACCACAAGCUGUCAAAGUUCAGGGAGCUGUUCAUUUUCCAGGACUACGUUCACGCUGAAAAGGACUGA